GGCCACAAGGACACCAAGUGAUCAAAGGAGGACAUGGCCCAACGGUUUCAGUUUCCAAGGCCCCUCGGCUUCAGCAGAGCCCGGGAACCGUCCCACUGCAGCAACGGGCACCUCCUCUUCAGUCGGUCAUGAUCUCCCUGUGGGCAGGAGCUUGCCCGUGUCGGUGUCCCCUGCUUUGUGGACUUCAGCUGGCAGCGCUCUCGAAAACCGCCUGAGCUCCUCGGGAAUGAAGGUCUUCGGGGUUCUCGUGGUCUUUGCCUCCUGCUUGAUGGCCCCCACGCACAGCAGCUUCUGGCAGUUUCAAAGGAUGGUCAAACACAUCACAGGGCGGAGCGCCUUCUUCUCAUACUACGGAUAUGGCUGCUACUGCGGGCUCGGGGGCAAGGGGACCCCCGUGGAUAACACUGACAGGUGCUGCCUGGCCCACGACUGCUGCUACGAGAGGGUGAAGCGGCUCGGCUGCCAGCCCCUGCUGAACGGCUACCAGUUCCACAUGGUCAAUGGGACCGUGGUCUGCGAAUGCGCCCUUGGUCCUGGCGUCAGCUGCCUCUGCGGGCUGCAGGCCUGUGAGUGUGACACGCAGUCUGCCUACUGCUUCAAAGAGAACCUGCCCACCUACGAGAAGAACUUCAAGCAGUUCUCCAGCCGGCCCCACUGCGGCAAGCACAAACUCCAGUGCUAGCGAGGCCACAGGGUCCCUGGUCAGGCCCGGGGUACUCCUUUGUUACUCAGCAUCAGAGGGCUGGAGAUCAACAGUGCAAGAGACAGAAUCUGGGCCUUCGAUGGAGCCAGAUCAUAAAUAUAAAUAAACGAUUUGUUCCAACCACAGUAAGUGCUAAGAAGCUAUCAAACAAAGUGACAAGGUAGAGAGAUGUCCCCUACCCCCAUCCCAGGAAGAUUUCAAAAGGGGAAAAGGCCCCAGGAUCUGCCUUAAACUUUCCCUUCAUCCCCACCCCAAAAUCGGGAUGCCGGGCAGACUUGAGUACCAGACCCACAUCCCAGAUCCAGCUGUAGCCAAGCAAGGAUCCUGGAAAAGAAGGUCUUGGGUGGGCACAUGCCAAGGCCCCGACAGGUGCACCUGGACCCCUUGUUUCCUGGAGGUCUGCCUUCUGAAAACCCUAAGGUAGGCAAACAUCGGUGCCAUUUUCACCUCUCAGGAGACAGAGCCUGGGAACAUCCAUGCCCACGACUGCCACCCGGACGUCACAGCCAGGAAGAUGCCAAAAAGAUGGAGAAAGAGUGGGGGAGGACGAAUCAGGGGUAUCCCAAGGUUUCUGGUCACAUUUAGAAGCCCCUGGUUACGAGGCAUAAAUUAUAAUAAAUACUAAAGUGAUCCAGUCUGGGUGGACUCUCAUCAUUCUAACGCUCAGCUUGUAUGGGAGAUUGCAAAAAUGACCACAACUGGAGAUUUCCCCAGGGUCCAGUGGUUAAGACUCUGCCUUCCAAUGCAGGGAUGUGGGUUCAAUCCCUGG